AGUGAAAAGAGCGAGGAACGGCGUCAAGAAACAGAGAUAUUGCUUGAACAGCACAUCGCUUCCAUCAACGAAUUAAAACGCAAGGUGGAAGAGUUGACUGAAAAGGCAGAAGAAGUGGCAUCUCUUAGGGAUCAACUUGAGGAAUACAAACAUACGACGGAGCGUAUGCAUAAAUUGGAGAAUUUGAUUGAAAAGUACAAGCGCAAAGUCGAAGAUACGUCUGAUUUGCGACGACAAAUCAAGGCGCUGGAAGAUCAAAAUACAAGUUUAUUGGAAAGAAGUCAUCAUGUGGAAGACGAGUACCGCAAGGUGUUGGCCUUCAAAACAUUGAUGGAUUCCUACAAGGAACAAGUGCAGCAACUGGAAUCCAAUAACCGCGAGAUUUUGAAAGAUAAAACGACCCUGGAGACCGAACUACGCAAUAUGUCCGACACCUGUGCGUAUCUCGAGAUGGAGCGUGACCGCAACAUGGAACAGAUUCAACAAUUGGAAGAGCACUUGAAAGAAAUCGAACUCGGUGGUGGAGCGACCCUGGAUAAGGUCUUGAGUCAUCGUGCCAGUGUGGUCAUUGACGAGGACAUGGAUGUCGACGCGAACAAUAUGGAAGAAAAUAUGAAGAAAUCCAAUGUGACGGAGCUCCGUUUGACGAUUCGUCGGUUACAGCGGCAGAUCCGGGAGAUGGAGGAAAAAGAGGCAGAGCCUGUCAAGGAAAAUCAAGAGUUGGUGAUCAAGUCAAAGGCAGAACUGGAUCAAGUGAUGAAAGAACGCGAUCAACUCCGGGAAGAAUUGACCCAAAUUCGCAACGGCAUUCCCGAUUCCUUGCUAAACCAGACCCAGACCAUUAUGGCCUUCCGCUCAAGAAUCUUGGAUUUGGAAAAGGAGUGUUCCUACCUGAAAACCACAACCAGCAAGCUGGAAGCAACGGUACUGGAAGGCACGCGCAAUGUCGCCAAAGAUACAGCCACCUUGGAAAAAUACGAAAAGGAACAUGCUACUGUGCAAGAGCGGCUCAAUCGCUUGGAGGACAUCACCAAAAUGCAGCUUCACGAUAUUAAUCGCAUGCUUGUUGAAGCCAAUUAUCUUAAUGGUGUGAAUAACUACCAAACCUCUGACAAUCAUGCCGAUCAACGUCCAGGAUUAAGCGACAAGGAUUUGGAAAUUAUCAAGGAGCAGAACGCCAGCUUGCAGAUCCACGUGCUUCACUUGCAAGAAGAGAUCAACGAGACGCAAGGAAAAACUCGCAAAAUUCGCGAUAUGAUCAAAUUAUACAGCCAGUUACUACAGGAGAUGGUCGCACGGUUCAGUAUCAUUGGUCGCAAAUCGGAAGAAACCACGUCUUUCCUGAACCGCGCGCCUCGCACAAAGGAAGAAGAGCACGAUUUACUCAAGAAACAAAUUCACGACGUUCGCCUUCAAUCGCGAAGAGAGCAGCAACUCAUUAUAUCGGCUUGGUACGAUCUCGCUCGACGAAACCAUCGCGAAAUUUCGAAUCUGUCGAUUCGUUCGACGCCUUCCUCCUGGCUUGGACGACAACGCAAAAUUUUGGACGGACAGCUACGACAAAGACUAUGUUAAAUAUUCGACACUAUCAACCUAUUCAUUGUAUUAACACCUAUUAAAAAAGAGUCUGGUCCCAUCAAACCACCAAGGAAACCUCUUCUUAUGUAAGAAAGAACAGUUGCGGUCAUC